AUGUAAAUUUAAGUAGGGAAUAUUUUUCUCAUUAUAGGUUUCAAAAAUGGCUUGAAGCCCUUCGUCUUCCUUCUGUGAAGAGAUCAACUCAACGGGUUUGCUCUCUUCAUUUCAAGGAGGAAGACUUCCUCGUUUUUUCUCCGUUCAUCAAGAGACGAAAUGCUGAUGCCAUACCAAGUGCUGACCUGUUUAACUGGACCCUGCAUGAGGUAUCAAGUAACUCAUGUAACGAGAAUGCAACCUUCGCUGUUUCCUCUACAGCCACAUCUGUUCUGUCACCAAACUCGCCUCAUGUUAAUAAGAAAUUUAUCACAAAAACCUAUGAGCUUAAAAGUAAGAGAUCAGCAGCUGACAAUAGUCUUAAGAACAAUAAGUUAGUGAAUUCAAGACCGGGGUCUGAAAGAUCCCAUGUAUCUGCCAUCUGCAGCCCUAAAAAUAUAAAUCUAAUGAAAGAAAGCCAAUCUGAAACAACUGCAGCUGUCAGUCUGUCUGAAAACAUUGUUGCCAGCCCCUUCUUGAAAGCCAGAGAAGUAGAAGCAGGGUUGAUUUUCUCUCCCGGAAAUAAUAUUUUCACUGUCACAAGCUCUGACCACACAAGAAACCCCAAGCCACAACAUGCUUUUUCUGCACAACAAUCCCUGAAGCGUCUUAGAGAUGAUGAGAGCAAUGCUACAACAAAUAAGAGUUCCCUUCAAG